AUGGGCUCAGAAGUGGAAGGAAACUGGGAUAUAGUGAUAACUUCACUCCAAGAUAUUCGCAACUCAAGUGAAUCACUCACGUUUGACUCCAUAUACGCUCACCUUGCUGCAAAUUUCGACGAUGAUGAAGACAAUCAUGUGCAAGAAACGCUUGUGACGCUUAGUACACAGGAACUAAACAAGCUAGAAGAAGAAAUUAUUGAGCACAAGGCAAAUAUAGCCACUGCAAAGAGACUUAUUGAUACGUCAUGUGAGAAUUUACAAAGUUUGAUUGAAUCUUUACAGCGACAGGAAACAAAAAGACAACAAAAAUCAAAAAAAGCACCAGAGUCUAAAUCCAAAUCUCCAGGCGAUACUCCUGUACCGUCCAGAAAUAGAGCUGCUGCUGCUGCUGCUGCGGCUGCGACUGCUGUUGUUGGUAAAGCUGGCAAGGCUGGCCUGGCUGGUAAAAGUGCUGCGGGCAGCAACAAGGGUAGCGGUCACUCUACAGCUAGUAAUGGUGGGUCUGCGGGAAUUGGUAAGAAGGGCAAGAAAUUGCGUAAAGUUGGCCGUUCAUUUUGGCAGUCGAAAUACAAUCCUCAUGAACCGAUAUAUGUCGGGUCCGAAGUUGCGUUCAAGUUGCGCAAUCGUGUUAAUGAAUGGAUUCAGUGUGAAGUGGUGAAGAUUAUUGGCGACGGAGUCAAGUUUGAAAUACGAGAUCCUGAGCCAGAUGAGAAUAAUAAUCCUGGUCAAACGUUCCGAGCCAAUUACAAAGAAGUUUUAUUAAUUCCUCCAGAUGAUGAGACAGCGAGAGAGUUGCCCCACUACGCAUAUGGAACCAAAGUGCUAGCAAGGUAUCCCGAUACCACUACAUACUAUGCAGCUAUUGUUGUAGGUCAUAGAAAAGAUGGUAAUGUGCGGUUGAAGUUUGACGGUGAAGAAGAGGUUAAUAAGGAGACUGAGGUGACGAGAAGAUUGGUACUACCGUUGCCACAGAAGUAG